UUUCGGGACGUUAUCAGAAGUGGAUUUUGGUCUCCUUCAAGGUGGAUUGAUCCACCUUGGUCUCCUUAUUCAAGUCUUCGUGUAAAAAUGUAUUUUUAUACUUAUGUGAUAAUGCUUUCUGAUUAGUGAUUAGUAGUGAUUAUAAAAUACCAUAAUAUUAUUGAUAUUAUGUUGAAUGCCAGAUAUCAGAAUAGCGAAUAGUGAAUACAGCCUACAUUGAUCAUCGUUAAGUUGUAGAGGUAAAACAUUAGAAUCCGUGGCUAUACGCCAAUGACUUAAAAAUUUUAUUUUCAGAACAAAACCAGUCGUAAUACUUACUUCUAAAUUUUAAUCUGUCAUCAUGAAAAUCCCACGAUUAAAUAUCCAAAUUCGUACAAUUUACACUAGCAUUCGUUUGCAUAUGAAACCAUCUGAACUCUACGAUCAACGGGUGACUGAUGGUCAAUUGAUCAAUGAUGAUCAUCAGCGUCAAAUCGUCAAACAGCUAGAUGAAGUGUAUAAAUCGUUAAAAAGUUAUUCGCCACCAUCACAAAGUGUAAUUUCAAAAAUGUUUGGUGGACUUAAAGUGCCAUUAAAUGGUGUUUAUAUGCAUGGAUCAGUUGGAUGUGGUAAAACCAUGUUAAUGGAUUUAUUUUUUUCCUGUUGCGAAGUAGAAAAAAAACGACGAGUCCAUUUUGAUGAGUUCAUGUUGGAUAUUCAUAACAGAGUACAUAAUUUAAGAUUGAGCACUAAAGACAAUUUUGAUGCUAUUCCUAUGGUUGCUGAUACAAUACUAGAACAAUCAUGGUUACUUUGUUUUGAUGAAUUUCAGGUGACUGACAUAGCAAAUGCAAUGAUAUUGAAACGACUUUUCACUGAGCUUUUUGAUAAAGGUAUGGUUAUGGUAGCGACCAGCAAUCGUAAACCAGAUGAUCUAUAUAAGAAUGGACUACAAAGGUUUUUGUUUUUACCGUUUAUACCAGUAUUAAAGCAACAUUCUAUAGUCGUCAAUUUGGAUUCUGGUAUUGAUUAUAGAGUUAUAAGAGCAAAAAGUGGGUACAAAUCAUAUUUUGUAAGAGGUGUUGAUACUAUAAAAGAUUUUGAAAACUCCAUCAAAAGUUUUACUAAUAGUGAAAAUGAUACGGUUAGACCAAGAACAUUAAUUAUUAUGCAAAGGAAUCUUACAUUCCAAAGAGUGUGUGGACAAAUCUUGGAUGCUUCUUUUGAAGAGCUAUGUGAUCGGCCUUUAGGAGCUGUAGACUACUUAUAUCUAGCUCAAAUGUUUCACACAAUAGCUAUUAGAGAUGUUCCUCAACUUGAUUUAGAUUCAUUAUCACCAUUGAGACGUUUUAUCACUCUUAUUGAUACACUCUAUGAUCAUAAGAUAUUAGUUCUUAUAUAUGCAGAUAAACCAGUAAAAGAAUUAUUUGUAGCUAAAAAAACAGGUGGAUUAGGUGAUGACCAGAAAGUUCUUAUGGACGAUUUAAAUUUACAACCUGAAUCGACCAAUGCUAAAGCCAACGUCUUUACCGGGGAUGAAGAAAUAUUUGCAUUUGAUCGAACAGUAUCAAGGCUCAUAGAAAUGCAAUCAAUUGACUAUUGGAAAAAUAACCGCUCAAAAGUAUAAUCCUAAUAUAGUUAUUAAUAUUACCAAUUGGUUACCAUUUUUAUAAUUCUGUUGUGUGGUGUUUGUUAUUUGUUUAGUUAUGAUUAGUUAAAUGUGAGAUAUUAUUAGACUUAAUAUGAUUAUAAUUAAUCACUAAGAACAAACUCAACUUUUUUAGUUGUAGGGGUUUUACUAUUUUGAAUAGUAUAUUAUUAGGUAACUACUAGACACAAUAAAAUUUGUUUAAUUGUUAUUAUGGAAUCCAUAUCAUAUCGUUAUAGUUGAAAAAUGCAAUAAAAUUGUUAACUACCUAUGAAAGUAUUUUAAAACUAUUGAAUGUACAACUAAAAGCUGUAAAAGUAUUCAAAUAAUAAAUUAAAAAUAGUGAUGAAACAAAUAAAAAAAAAUGUAUGACUAUUAUUUUCAAAAAACACCACUAAAAUAUAACUUAAAUUAAUAAUUAUUAUUAUACUCAAUUGUUAUUUUUUUUAUCCCUUUAGCUUUUUCCCUUCUUUUAAGCAUAGCAAAUAUAACAGUUUUACCAUGAAGUAGUAUACAUAAAUACAUAUCAGACUAAAUAUUUUCAAACCAUCCAGAGGAGUUAAUACACCAUAUUAUAUUAUAUAAAAUAUUUUCUUUAUUUUGUUUUAUUUGUCCGUAAAUACAAAAAUAAUUAAUCAGAACUUUACACUGUAUAUAACGAGCAGUGUCGUAAACAGGAAUUAAUUAUGAUAGAAGUGGAGGGGGGUCUUCAUAUCAAAAAAAAAAAAAUAUUUUAGCAGUUAUAAAUUUUAGUAAAUACAUUUAUAUACUUUCCAUGUUGUAAGUGGGUUUGACCCAAUGACCUUCAAACCGCCAGCGUCUAUGAUCCGAUUGAAAAGUUUUUCAUUGUGACUACAUUUAGUUAAACUUACAAUCAAAAUAAACUAAUAUAGUCAUAGAACCUAAUGUACGUUUUUUAAAUACUCAUGUAUUUGACCUUAACUUAAACCAAAUUAUUUUAUUAAAUAUAAAAAGAUUUAAAGCAAAAAAAUUGUUUUUUUCUUCUAAAAUAACAUGUUCCUAACACAUGUUUUAUCUAUGUCUACAUAUAAUUCUAAGUUCAAUU